AUGAAUGGGCAAUCAACAGUAAACCAUCCAACAAAUAAUAAUGAACAGUUAAUUGGAAAAUUUCAUGUGGUAAAUGUUGAUAAGUUACCCAUAAAUCCAAUUAGUAGUCAUGAUGAGACAAUACCUACUACUGCUGCUGCUGGUGGUCAACAACAACCAGCAGCAGCAGUACAAAUACAACCACCACCACCAGCAUCGUCAACUACGGAUGAGUCAGGAUGUGCAUCACGUUUUCAAAUGAUACGUGUUGAUAGAAAUUUUGGACGCGGCCGAUGGAAAGUCAAUGAUUAUGAACCACCUGAAAAUAUCUCAACGUCAACUAAUCAACCGGUGAAUACAAUUGAAAAUGAGCCUGUAAACAUUUCCAGUUCAACAACAUUGUCGACUAUACCAGCAGCAUCAAUAAAUACCCUACCGAAUAAUAUACCACCUGGUUUACUAGGUGAUCCCAAUGCUACUUCAUCUGCAACACUUACUGCUACAGCUGCUUCAGCUGCUGCUGCUGCUGCAACUGCUUUUCAACAGCAACAACAAAGAUUAGCAAUGAACAAUCCAGCUGCAGUUGUACCAACUGCCAAUGUUCCACCUCAAGCUGGUCUUAUUCACCCUUAUCCGCCACAAACAUUAACUAAUAUGGGAGCACCUAAUCAACCAUUCCUUAUGUCGAAUCAUCCUCAAUUCGGUUAUUAUCCAUUUUUUCCAAAUCCUUACUCACCUUAUGGACCUCAAUGGGCUGCUUUAGCUGCUGCUGCUGCUAAUUAUAUGCCUCAUCCACAAAUGCCAUCACAUCCACAACAACUAUCUCAAAUACCACCUGGAAAUCUCGGUGAUGUUAUUCGUUAUUCGGAUACAGUUCCAGAUGUAACUAAUGAAAAUCCAGUGAUGACUUCUGUCCCAUUUCCAAAUCCAAAUAAUGAUCACUUAAACGCUCAAAUGGCUGCUGCUCCUUUCAUAUAUACUGCUCAUCAUCCAACAUACGUUUCACAAGCACCACCCAAUGGUACUUCACCUUAUGCAACUGUAGCAUCUUAUCAUCCUGCUCCACCACCUCCAUCAAUUAUUCCACCAACACAACCUUUAUCACUCGCUCAAGUUAUUCCAAAUAACACUAGUGAUAACCAACAACAACAACAGCAGCAACAACAACAGCAACAACAACAACAACAAUCUCAUCAAGUACCAUCAUCGCAACAACAAGUUCCAAUUCUCACUUCACCUAAACAUGAUACAUCAUCAACAAAAACUCCUGUUCAACAAGCAACUAUACCAAAAACAACAACAGCGACCGUUCCAACAAAUCUAACAAAACCUCUAACAACAACAGCAAAUGGUGUUAAUAAUGAUACAUUAAGGACAACAUUAGCAACAGCAGCAACAAAUCCAACACAUAUAGCCGAUCUAUUAUCAUCAUCACCUUCAAUAUUAAAUUCUCAACCACCACCAUCACUUCUAUCCCCAAUAACAGUUCAAACAAAUAAUCUAACUAAAACAACAACAACUUCAUUAAAUGAUAUGUGGCCAUAUACAACAAAUGGUUCGCAAUUAAACUUAACUCAAGCAGCAGCUCAAACAGCUGCUGUUACAGCUGUUGCAGCCAUGGGUUUAUUAACUAAUGAAAAUAGCAAAAAUACUGAAAUAGCAAAUGAAAUUCUCAAAGAAUUAACAACACCGACAAAACAAAAUAAUACAACUGAUAUUGACAAUAAAAUCUCUGCGGCUAUGGAUCUUGUUAAAAUGCAUUUGUUAUCCGCUGUUCGCGAAGAAGUAACUGAAUUACGUCAACAAAUUCGAACACUUAAUGAAAAAGUGAAUAGUCUCGAACAUGAAAAUGCAUUUCUAUGUCAACAUGUACCCAGUGAAAUCCGUGCUCAAUAUAUACCGUUAUUUGUCGGUUCAUCUGCUGCAAAUGAUUCAUCAAAUUCUACGACCACUGCAACGACUACGGCUCCUACUAUUCCUUCAUCGUCUAGUCAAUCGAUGCCAACAGCCUCUAUAUCAUCACUUCCUUCAUCCAUAGCACAGCAGCCAUCCUUAUCGACUACAUCACAACUACCAUUAUUACCACCACCACCACCGCCUGCAUCAAUAAACCUUCCUCCAACUUGA